AUGGCUGCUGCUACUGUGGGAGAAGCGUUGCUCUCGGCUGCUGUGGAAGCAAUGAUUGGGAAGAUCACAACUGAGAUUUCGGAGUUCUAUCGGAGCAAGAAUCUGGAUGAGUCACUGCUGGAGGAGCUGGAAUCCACGAUGCGAAUUCUUCAAGCUUUUCUGAGUGAUGCUGAGGAAAAGCAGAUCAAGAACGCUGCUGUGAAGGCAUGGCUUGAUGACCUCACUCAAGCUCUCUUUGAUGCUGACGACUUGCUCGACGACGUUGCCACCGAGGCUCUCCGUCGCAAAGUGGAAGCCCGCUAUGUUCCCCGCCGUUCCCUUGCCGUGAAGGUGAGGAAGGUCCUUUGCUAUCCAUUCAAGCGGCCUUAUGGAGAGAUCAAUUCUCAGAUGCAGAAAUUGACUGAAAGAUUAAAUGGCUUUGAAAAAAGAGCACACAUGCUUCCACUAGAGAAAGGCGUCUCUGGUAGUGAUUGGCUUACAACACCUACAAAUUCUGCGGUGGAUGAUUCUGCUAUUUGUGGGAGAGAUGAUGAAAGAAAGAAUCUGAAAGAGUAUUUGCUGUCAGAAGAUGCUGUUGCUGAUGGUGGCGGUAAAAUAGGAGUGCUUGCCAUUGUUGGCAUGGGAGGCCUCGGAAAAACAACUCUUGCUAAACUCCUAUACAAUGAUCCUCAAGUUAAAGGAAAGUUUGAUGUGAAAGCAUGGGCAUCUGUCUCGAAAGAUUUUGAUGUUGUCAAGUUGGCAAAAUCUCUUCUUGAAUCUAUCACAUCUGCAGCAACAAAUUUGGAUAACUUCGAUGCCUUGCGAGCAGAAUUGCAAAAGAACUUGUCGGGUAAAAGAUUUCUGCUUGUCUUGGAUGAUAUAUGGAAUGCAGCGUAUGUUGCUUGGACCAAUUUGAUGCCCAUUUUUAAUGUUGGCCAAAUGGGAAGCAAAAUCAUUGUUACAACACGACAUGAAAGAGUUGUGAGUGUUGUUAAUGCUACACGGACCUGCCGUCUGGAACCACUGGCCAAUGAAGAUUGUUGGAGUUUACUUUCCAAACAUGCAUUUGGAGCACACAAAUGCACUGAACUGUCAUCCAACCUUGAAGAAAUUGGUAGAAAAAUUGCCAAAAAGUGUGAUGGCUUGCCAUUAGCUGCGGUGGCUGUGGGGGGUGUUCUUGGCACAAAGUUAUCAACCGAGCACUGGACUGAAGUUUUAAACAGCAACAUUUGGGAUCUGACGGAGGAGGAUGUGCAACCAGCUCUGCUUUUGAGCUAUCAUUUCCUUCCAGCUUCUUUGAAACAAUGCUUUGCUUAUUGUGCAAUUUUCCCAAAGAACUCAGAGCUGCGAAAAGAGGCGUUAGUUCAGCUAUGGAUGGCACAAGGCUUUGUUCGUGUGCUCCAAAAUGAGAAGAGCAUUGAAGAAGUAGGCGGUAAAUACUUUGAUGAACUAGUAGCAAGGUCUUUGAUACGACGUUCUGUGGAAGGGCAACACUUUGAAAUGCAUGACCUCAUCAACGAUUUGGCAACCAUGGUUUCUUCCCCAUAUUGUAAGAGGCAUGACAAUGAAAUGCAACUUGGAAAUCUAAACAAAAUUCGUCAUUUAUCUUAUGAUAAAACUAUGUUUAACCAUUUUGACGAACUUGAUUCCCUUCAUGGAUUGAAAGGCUUACGUACACUCACAGCAUUACCAUUUCAUGCUCGGUACAUGGGCCAUUACCUAGCGAACGGGGUACUGCAUGAGUUGUUGGUAGCAUUGAAACAGUUGCGGGUGUUAUCCCUGUCAAAGUACAGGAAUAUCACUGUUUUGCCGAAUUCUAUUGGCGAUUUAAAGCAUUUGCGACAUCUAGAUCUAUCUUCCACUGGAAUAAAAAUGUUACCUCCUGCAAUAUGCAAGCUCUACAAUCUACAGACCUUGUUGUUAUCUCAUUGUAGGGACCUAACUGAGUUGCCUGAGGAGAUGGAAAAAUUGGUGAAUCUACGCCACCUUGCUAUUGAUAAUUGUAUGAAUCUUAAAGAGUUGCCCAAGGGGAUGGGAAAAUUGGUGAAUCUACGCCGCCUUGAUAUUGAUGGUACUAAUUUGCAGGAGAUGCCCGCAGAAAUAGCCAAACUAGAAAAUCUGCAAAGUCUGAGUUGUUUUAUUGUCAGCAAACAACAAAACGGACUUAAGCUUGCAGAAUUGAGAAAAUUUGCCCAUUUACAAGGUAAACUCUGCAUCUCAAAACUAGAAAACGUUAUUGAUCCGUCGGAUUCUUGUCAAGCCAAUUUGAAGGAGAAAAAGCAAAUUGAAGAGUUAUCAUUGGAAUGGAGUAUUUCCAUUUUGGAAGACGACUCCCAUCAAGUUGUACUUGAGCAUCUGCAGCCCUCAACUAAUUUGAAGAAACUGACUGUUAAGUGCUAUGGCGGAACUAGUUUCCCAAAUUGGUUGGGUGAUUCCUCGUUUGGCAACAUAGUGAGUUUGAGUAUUGAAGAUUGUCAUCAUUGUUCUUCAUUGCCACCUCUUGGACGACUACAUAGUCUAAAAGAACUAUUCAUUUGGGGUAUGAGAUCAGUGAAGAGUAUUGGGUCUGAAUUUUACGGAAGUAAUUCCCCUUCAUUCCAACCAUUUCCCUCCUUGGAGACUUUGAGAUUUGAGUGGAUGGCAGAGUGGGAGGAAUGGAACAUGAUAGAUGGUAUAAAUGCUGAGUUUCCCUGUCUAUCAAAGCUAUCUCUGAGAAGGUGUCCGAAGCUGAAAGGAAAUUUACCCAGCAAUCUUCCUUGCUUGGUUAGACUUGAUGUACAGGAUUGUUGUGUACUGGAAUCAGAGUUUUCAGGAGAAGUGGAUAACAGAAACAUAAUGAGACCAUUGAAUCUAUUCAAUUUUAACUCUCUUGGAGAAUUAUAUCUCUAUAAAAUUCCUUCUCUGACGGCCUUCCCGAGCAAUGGUCUGCCCAAAGCGUUAAAGACACUUGAUAUCCAAUCUUGUGAGAACCUUGAAUUCCCAAGUCAUGAGUUCCUGCAUAGUUGCAAGGCACUUGAGGAACUGGAGAUAUGGGGUAGCUGUUGCUCGCUGACGUCAUUUCCCUUAGGUUCUCUCCCUGUGCUCAAGCGUCUUAAUCUUUUGGAUUGUAAAAAAUUAAAAUCAAUUUCAAUUUCGGAAGAAGCAGCAGCAAGCCAGUCUCUCAUGUUUCUUGAACAUCUCGAAGUAUUUUGGUGUCCUGAACUGGAGUCGAUUUCCCUACUAGAUUCGUCAACUCCUAACCUGAGUUAUUUUGCAGUAGUGGGAUGCGACAAGAUUAAUUCAUUACCAGAACCAAUUAAGAAACUCACUGGCCUCCAAACAUUAUGGAUUCGUGAUGUUCCGAAUUUGGAAUCCAUUGCAGAAGAGGGUUUGCCUAUCAAUUUAAGGACACUUGGUGUCGGCAAUGAAGAAGGGGUUUACAGCAAUACAGCUAUCACCAAUUGGGGCUUGGACCGACUCACUUCUCUUUCAGAAUUGAGUAUUAAAGGUGAUUAUCUGGUUAAGAAGCUGAUGGAAAUACAAGUGCCUCAGUUGCCCAAUUCUCUUGAGUUGCUGAGAAUAGUAGGUGCACGUGAAAUACAACAUUUGGAUGGGAAGUGGCUUCAGCAUCUCACCUCUCUCAAAACUCUCGAGUUGUAUGAAUGUGACAAGCUCAAGUCACUGCCAAAAGAAGGGCUGCCCUCCUCAAUUUCAUGUCUAACAAUGAUAGAAUGCCCAAUGUUAAAAGCAAGUUGUGAGAGAAAAAAAGGAAAAGAGUGGCCCAAGAUUGCUCACAUCCCACUCAUACGCUCUGAUUGGUAACUUUCUACAUAGCCUGCCCCUUGCAAAUCCAUGCCUCAACAUAUUCUUUUUAUUUUUAUUCUUUCAAUUGUAUUCCUGUUACUAGAUUUUCAUUUUGUUACGUUUGCAUAAAUGUGAUUUAACAUGCAUAAACUAGUUGAUACAUUUUAGAGCAAAGUAGUUUGAUCGAAUCUCAAUUUUAAAUUUGAUGAGGAUGACAAAGGUUUUCACUUUGAUUUGAUUCCUGCUGUACACUUCUGUUGCAACUUGCAAGUGGCCAACGAGUUUGGAAUGACAUUGCCACUCUGCGAGAUUGAACUGAAUUGCUAGUUUGGUUUGUCUUCAUGGAGAGACUCUUCUA